AUGAAGUUUCAAUACUCCUCGCUGCUGAUGGCAGCCUCUGCGGCCGUUGCCCAGACCACCACCCCGGCCCCAACCACAACCGCCGGGUCCGGAGCCACGCCCUCCGUCACCCUCGACUACUGCACCGUCGUCCCUGCCGCCGGUAACGAGUCCCUAGGUUAUUACAAGUACCAGAACAUCCGCUUCGCCGCCGUUCCGACCGGCGACCUCCGCUGGGCCAAGCCCGAGGACCCACCCGUCGAGACGGAGGUCAACACCGGCACCCUCGCUGCGGCCGACGUCGCAUGCAGCUCCGAGGAGGACUGCCUGUACGUCGAUGUAUGGGCACCCGCCGGCUCUGAAGGCAAGAAUCUUCCUGUGAUGGUCUGGACAUACGGCGGUGGCUUUACCGGUGGAAGCAAGGCCGAGAACACACCCGAGGGUCUCUUCGAUCUGUCUAAGGAGUUCGUCUAUGUCGCGUACAACUACCGCCUCGGUCUCACCGGCUUGGCGAACGGUCCCACCUUCUUGCACGAGGGCGGUACCUCCAACACCGCUAUCUGGGAUGUCGAAGCUGCUUUCAAGUGGACGAGGAAGUACAUCAGCAAGUUCGGUGGUAACCCCGAUGAGAUCACUGCUGUUGGUUUCUCUGCUGGUGCAUCUCAGACUCUGUUCCAGAUGACUCGUUUCGCGGGUCACGCUGAGCAGCUUUACAGCCGCGCCUAUGUCAUGUCGCCUGGUUUCGUUCCUGGCGCUGGCCACCAGCAUGCUGAGGCCUUCUGGCUGAACGUCUCCUCUGAAGCUGGUUGCCCCGGUGGAAGCCUCGAGUGCAUGCGUGGCAUCGAUUUUGACACGUUGAACACCGCUACCACCACCAUCCAGGACGCCUACACCUACCAACUCCAGCCUCGUGUUGAUGGUGAUAUUAUUGCCGAUACCUACGAGGCCCAGCUCUACCAAGGUCGCUUCAACUUCACCGGUCCCGUCGUCGCCACCCACGAGCUCCACGAGGCCAACUCCCAGUCUUACUCCGGCGUGAACACGACCGAAGACGUCGCCACUUACCUCCGCAUCUUCUUCCCCGCUAUCGAAGACAGCAUCGUCGACGAGAUCCUUGCCCUGUACCCCGAAAGCGACUACACCGAGCCCGGUCUGCGCUUCGCCGACAUGAAGCAGCACUUCGACCUGACUGCUCACAACCUUGCCCUUACCCACGCCAUGAACAACCAGACCUGGAACGGACUGGUUGCUCUUGACCAGGCAACUCACGGCACUGACCAGAGCUACUACUGGUACAGCACCUACACUCUCUCCAGCUCGACAUCCACCGGCAGCACCACCUCGAACUCGACGACUUCUGUCUCCAACUCAACCGCCACCUCCGCCGCAGCUUCUGCGACCGCGUCUUCCAGCGCUGGUGGCCCUCCCUCGGGUGGCGGCUUCGGUGGCAGCACCUCCGUCAACGCUACCAUUGCUGUCAUGAUGCAAAAGUAUCUCCUCUCAUUUGUCCUCACCGGAAACCCCAACACCAAGUGGGCCGAGGACAAGCUCGAGUGGCCCCAGUACGGCAACUCCUCUACCGCUGGCACUCAGAUCGUUUUCAACACGACCUUCUACUUGGAUGAAGAUGACUUGGCCAACGAGAAGGCUCUCUUCUGGAACAAGGCUCUCUGGUACUAA